UAACCCUACCUUAAGCCUAAACUAAAGACUCUGGAUGAGUGUAACAUAUUAUGUCUGAUACGUUAAAUACAAUUAGAAAACGAUUGAAUUAAAAAAUAUAUAUACAUUAAAAAAAAGGCAUGUCCGAUAUUUUUUUGCCGAUUCCGAUACUUUGAAAAUGACGUGAUCGGACCCGAUUGAUUGGCAUCGAUCGGGACAUCUCUACUAAUGAAUAUAAGUUAUAAGUGAUAAUUCUUCACCAAAAUGGCAUAAAAACACAUUGGUUCUAAUAUGGGUCAUUUUUGACCCACUUAUUGAAGAGUGUAGGGUCCAGUAACUUGUGCAUCUAAGGGUUAAGAUGCUACUUUGGUUCAUUUAUGUUUUUAAAAACUUGUCUGUUAGGUAAAUUACAUGAGCAUGAAAGAAAAUAAAUCAAUGUCUUACAAUUUAAUUUAAAUUCAAUUAGGAGCAAUAAUACUGUUUUAUUUGAUAUUCAGAAGACACACAGGCAAUUGUUAUUCAUUACAAAAAUGUACCUGGUCUUCACAAACUACAAUAUUUUGAAAAGAAGCUAUAAUAAUAAUCAUAAGAAAUAGAACAGUUACUGGUAAUUAUUCAACAAGCCCCUUGAUGCCUUGAUGAGACUUAUCCGCCAAUAUUUGAAUAAAAUGCUGCUGUGCAUGGACAAGUGAAAGUUGGGUAGCCUAUUGAUGUCAUUAUAAUGGGAUAGGAAUCAUAAAAUCGAUACUAGGUACAUUAUUGGCAUAUUUGUCUCACUGCUAUAAAAGAGCUUCCUGAAUGUUGAGGACCGUUGGCCUCAAGAGGAUCCAGAAAGAGGAAGUAGAUCGCUUGACUGUGUAAGCGAGGGUGUCACGUCAUGUGUCUUCUGCAGCCAUAGAACGUUGCAACAGUUGCGCUUAGUUGCAGAAUGAGGAACAAGAAGAAAAAGCUGGGGCAUAAGGUAUUUAGGGGCCAAAGCUGUGGUGUGAACAUCAUUGUCAGACGUUCCGCUAUGGCACUGUGUCGAGUCCUUGAUGAUAUCUACUGUACAGUGCUUUGUAUUCAUGAAAGGUGACAAUGGCCCAAGAUCUGGUGCUGAAGCAACGGAGUGAGCUCCUCAAUGAUCUGUGUGCGAGCGGCUUGUCCGAGCCCCUGGAGAAGGUCAUGGAUGUCCUCCUGGCCCGUGGGGAGCUUUCAUGGGAGGAUUACACCAACGUAAGCGUGCAGGGGAGGUCGCUUUACACCAACGCUAGACAUCUACUGGAUUUAGUUUACGCCAAGGGGGAGGCUGCGUGCCAGGCGUUUUUCGUGGCUUUACGGCAAAUCCAGACACCUGAAGAUCCAGGACCUGUCACCAGGACGCUUCUGACGCAAAGGCCCGGCUUGGUGAGAGAACUCCAAGGCUGCUUGGACGGUGCUCUAGAAGCUUUGCUUGAAUCGGAAUGCUUUACCCAGGAGGACUGCAGAGACAUACUCUUGCACAUACACACCCCCUCGCAGCAGGCUAGGCGGUUGCUGGAUCUUGUGAGCUCCAAAGGCGAUUCGGCAGCUAACGUGAUUCUUCGCUACAUUGAGCAAAAGCAAAACAACCUGAAACAAGAGACGACCACACCCAAAGAGCUCCUAAAAUACCAGAAAAAGUUGCGCAGUUCCAUUUUGGCUCAGUCAAGCUUCAUCAGCACCUAUGGAGGAACUGGCCACAUGUCGCUGGAUGACAUCUACACUGAAGGCAAACUUGAGCUGGCGCAUGACUGCAAAUAUCAAGGACAUCUGGGCCUGGAGGAUAUCGUUGCUAUGACAGGCACAGUGAAUGAGGAAGCAGACACGGUCCUGGUUUCCGGGGAUGCGGGCAGUGGUAAGAGCACCUUACUCCAGAGGCUGCAUCUUCUCUGGGCUCGAGGGGCCGCCCUCCAACAGUUCGUCCUCCUGUUCCCUUUCAGCUGCCGCAAACUGAAUUCGGAACUUGACGAGCUUUCUGUCCAAGAGCUGCUCUUCCGCCACUGCUGCUGGCCGGACUGUGAACAGGAUGAGAUCUUCCGUUUCAUCCUGGACCACCCGCACCUCGUGGUAAUCAUGUUCGACAGCCUUGAUGAGCUCAAACAGAGUUUCUCGGAUGAGCGCAGGCUCUGCUCCCCCACGCAGCCUGCCCCCGUGCACGUAUUGCUUUUCAACCUUCUCCAGGGAUCUCUCCUUAAGGGAGUGCUAAAACUGGUGACCAGUCGUCCAGAGGCUGUGGGUCCAAUGUUGAGGAUGCAUCUUCGCAAAGAACUCUUUCUCAAAGGCUUCUCUCCUGAAGGCAUUAACUGUUUUAUCAAGAAACAACACCGCGACUCAUUGGUGGCCUCCAAAGUCUUGGCAUCCAUUCAGGCAAACACAGCUUUAUUUGGACUUUGCCACAGUCCGGUCCUCUGCUGGAUUGUCUCACAAUGCCACAAGGAGCUGCUCGGCUGUGGAGACGGUACACCGCAGACCAUAACGGAUGUAUAUCUCAUGAUCCUUCAGCACUUCUUGCAGCACCAGAGUCCCCCGAAAUGUUCCCGUGGGCCCAGUUGGCUUAAGGAUCACCUGCUUGGCAUCUUGCAUUUGGGCAAGCUUGCUUUUCAGGGGGUGGAAUCUUCAUGUUACAUCUUCGCUAGCACUGACCUAGACACCUGCUGUGUUACGGAUCAGGACAUCUGUGCAGGCUUCCUCACCCAAACAAAAGACAUCCCAUCCCAUCAGAGUCUUCGAUACGAAUUCCUUCAUGUGACAAUGCAAUGUUUCUUUGCUGCGCUAUACAUCGUUUUGUCCAACAACACGAACCGCUCCACUGUCGCUGAGCUCUUUGAGUUGAAAGAUGUAGGUUUCAGUAGCACCUGCUUUGGGUCCUGUUUGUCAGCUGACCAACAACAGGGUCUCGUUGAAGCCCCCAAUCUACAAAUCACCGCCACUUUUGUCUGUGGCCUCCUUUCCCAGAGACACCGACACCUGUGGCUGGACUGUGCUCCGACACCAACUGUGGAGAGGAAAGCGCAACAGGUGGUCCGGUGCCUCCACAAAGGCAUGCAGAAGCACUUUAAGUCCAUCCCCAAGCCAGUUGAGGGUGAAAAAAAGAGCAUGCAUGCCAUGCCGGGCUUUGUCUGGCUCGUCAAGUGCAUCUACGAGAUGCGGGAGAGCAAUAUAGCCGAGGAAGCUCUUAGCAAGCUAGACGUGGACCAUUUGAAGCUGACCUACUGCAAUAUUGGACCCGUGGAGUGCACAGCCCUGGCUUUUGUGCUUCAGCACUUGAGGAGUCCUGCGGGAAUCCAGCUGGACAACAACUCUGUGGGAGACGUAGGUGUGGAGCAGCUCCUUCCCUGUCUUCAUAUUUGCAAGUCCCUCUAUCUCAGAAAUAAUAACAUCACCGACGAAGGGAUUCGCAAAUUGAUCGCGAAGGGAAUCCAGUGUGACAACUUCCAGAAAAUUGCACUUUUCAACAACAAGCUAACUGACGCUUGUACACAGCACAUUUCUCAUCUGCUGAAGACCAAGCAGAACUUCCUCAGUUUGAGGCUGGGCAACAACUGCAUUACAUCGGAAGGAGCUAAACAGCUGGCAAUGGGACUGGAGUGCAACCAUUCAUUGAUGUAUUUAGGGCUUUGGGGUAAUAAGAUUGGUGAUUCAGGUGCAGAGGCCAUUGCUAGUGCCCUGGAAGGCAGCAAAACUCUAGUAUGGCUAAGCUUGGUCGGCAAUGGGGUGGGCAGCAUCGGAGCUCGUGCCCUGUCCAAAACGCUCAAGACAUGCCCUUCGCUGGAGGACCUAUGGUUGACUGAAAACUGCAUUACCAAGGAGGGAGUAGAGUCUUUGGUCCAAGCUCUCCAGCAUAACAAAGGUGUCAAAUCAGUGUGGUUGAAGAACAAUCUCCUGAGCCCUGAGGAGGUUGAGGAGAUGACGCAACAAGAAUCAAGACUCGUCUUCUGAUGCCCCCCCCAAAAAAUGUUAUUUAUUAAAAUGGCAAUAAAAGAGAAAACCUCGCCUGGCCACUGUUCACACAUUUAUAUGUAUGUAUUGAAGCAUAGAUGGAAAUCAAACUAUUAUAUAUUAAUGUAAAAUUUGGUUUUGUUUUUAAACUGUAAGUGGGGAUGUGAUUACGUACCAUAUCAUACCAUCAUUGAUUUUUACAUCAAGUUGUUUUUUUCUUUUAGUAGUAAAAAUAUUGCCAUAUUUUAUCAC